GGGAUGUCCGGGGGGUCGUGGAGCUUUGAGAGGCGGGGUUUACGCGUUGUCGUCGCUGGUGGAGGAGGCAGCAGCACCGCCGAGCUCCAUAAGAUCCUCCGCCUCUGUAUUUUCGUGAUAGGACCAUUCUCCUCCUCCUCCCUCCAUCUAUCUAUCCAUCCAUCUCUCCAUCCAUCCGGCUCUGGAAAAGGCACCCGCUCCAAGAAAAGAAAAAAAAAAACAAGAAAAGAAAUUCAACCAAGUGCGUAAAAAUGCUGGCGUGCACCGAGAUGAUCACCAUGUGUCUCCAAUCUGCCAAACAAGAACAUUUACGAAAGCAGCAACUGGACCACAACCACAACCAAGGCAUCGCUAUUUUCCAAGAUAUAUUCCGACGGGCGGACAAGAACGAUGACGGGAAGCUGUCCAUGGAGGAGUUUCAUUCCUACUUCACUGACGGCAUCCUGACCAAAGAGCAGAUGCAGGAGCUGUACUACUCCAUCGACCGGCAGCGUUCCGAGAACCUGGACAUCGACCAACUCGCAGAGUACUUCAGUCCACAUCUGGGUGAAUACGUCAACGUCCUCUCUGCGCUGGAAAAGCUCAACGUGGCCAUUUUAAAAGCCAUGGACAAAACUAAAGAGGACUACCAGGGCUCUUCGGUGCUGGGACAGUUCGUGACUCGGUUCCUCCUCAGAGAGACGUCCACUCAGCUGCAGUCGCUCCAGUCGUCUCUGGACUGUGCCGUGGACGCGGUGCUGGACCAGAGCGGGUCGGGCCGGGGGGUCGUGAGGAAGCCCGAAGACCUGCCCAUCCUGAAGAACAACAAACGGCCCGGGAGACGCAUCCAGAAGAACAUGUGCCUGUCCCCCACUGACCCCUACUCCGGCAUGCUCACCACAGGGGUGAGUGUGGAGCCGGAGAACCCGUGGGGGUCUCAGGUGGAUCGUCUGGAGCAGCUCGUGGACAAACUGGACUGUGAGACUCCACAACUUGAACCUCUGCAGGAAGACACAUUAGCAGGGACGUACAAAUCAAACAUCCUGUUGGUUCAGAGACAAAUGUCGGUGAAGGAGAAGGAGGUGGAUCAGUUUCAAGAAGCUCUUAAAGUUUACACAGAAGCCUCCAGCAGCCAACCACAGAACCUGCACGUCUCCCUCCAGAACCUGCCCGACAGGUCCUGCUUCAUAAUGUACGAGUUCUGGCAGGACCGUCUCUCCUGGAUGAGCUUCCUGCAGUCGCCCAUUAGCAAGACAUUCCAGCGCUGUGUUAUCAACUCUCUGGAGGAGCCCGAGAUGGUGUCUACGAUGCUGCUCCCAGCUUCUUGGUGGAUCAUGAACAACAACAACUGACGAAGCCCAGACUGGAGGCUGGAUCUGGGCACGUCUUGAACCAACAGGAGAAUUCUACUCCUACUUUCUGUUAUGUUUUCCUUCUUUGAGAUCCCUUUUUCCUCGCGGCAUGACUGGAAAUGGGUCGUAAAACAAGAUGUGGCUCAGAUGAAUCAGCAGAUGGACAGUGAAAAGAGCCGAGGUAAUGCAAUAUUAGCCAUCAGGAUGUUCUAUAGUCGUGUUUCCAUGGAUACCAAGAACUUCAAGGAAAUGUCCCCGACAGCUGUCACAGGUUGAAUGGAAAAGUUUGGUUUUAACUUAAUAUAACGCAAUCUAUGACAAAUUAAAACGUAUAGAAAGAAAACUCCAGUACUUUAGAGCGUGUUCAGGCCAUAGACUGUAUAUAUAAAUGGACAUAGCUAACGUGCUAGCCGUUGCGUUCCAGUGGAGAAGUGAUCAUUGGCGCUCCAUCGAUUCUGGCUCCACUUCACUUUACAUUGUCGCCCUUUUUUCGGUAACUGCUGCUGUCAGACUCGUCAUUUUGGUCUUAAAAUGUUCGCACACAGCCCGGCCAAAAAAAAAAUCGCCACCUGGAUUUAACGAAGCAAAUAGGUACGAACUGGUGCAAUGAGUUACUUCUUAUUUCUUAAACAACCACAUCGAAAGACACAUCCUGAGGUCGUGGAAAAGAUGUUAGUCUGUUUGAGAAGGGUCAAAUCAUUGGCGUCAAGCAGAGAAAACAUCUAAAGAGAUCGCAGAAACUACUAAAACCGGGUUAAGAACUGUCCAACGCUUUAUUAGAAACUUCGUGGAAUGAAUUGUCGAAUGAAUGCGACGCUUAAAAGUUUGGUGGAUUCAAAUCGAAGAAAAACAAUAGUAGAAAAACUCAGGGCUGUGUUUAAUAGUGAAAGUAAGAGCGUUUUUUUAAGGUGGUCCAACAAAAUAUACAGUGUGAGGCUUUUUUUUGGUGGCAACGUUUUUUGGGGUUUUUUUGGCCAGGCAGUGUAUUAACCUACAUAAUCAUUGUGUUUUUAUUUAGCUAUUUUGUCCAUGAAUCAAGAUAUGAACAUUAAUAACAUUCAAAUCAGCCGUCUUAUUUUUUAAACCACAUCGAAAGACCCAUCCCGUGGUCGUGGAAAAGAUGUUAGUCUGUUUGAGAAGGGUCAAAUCAUUGGCGUCAAGCAGAGAAAACAUCUAAGGCGAGUGCAGAAGCUACUAAAAUUAAGAACUGUCCAACGCUUUUAUUAGAAACUUCUUGGAAUGAAUCGUCGAAUGAAUGACCGUGAUCAGCGACACUUAAAUGUUUGGUGAAAUCAAAUCAAAGAAAAGCAACAGUAGAAAAACUCAGGGCUGUGGUUAAUAGUGAAAGUAAGAGCGUUUUUUAAAAGGCGGUCCAACGAAAUAUAGAGUGUGUGAGCUUUUUUUUUUGGUGGCGACGUUUUUUUUUUGGCCAGGCAGUGUAUUAACCUACAUAAUCCUCGUGUUUUUAUUUAGCUAUUUUGUCCGUGAAUCAAGAUAUGAACGUUAAUAACAGACAAAUCAGGCGUCUUCUUUCCCCGAGGUCGUCCCGGUAGCGUUAGCAACAGGUUUCACUGACACCGUUGCUAAGGGAACGCUAAGGGAAGAGGCUUUACCUUCAACAGCCUCGCUCCGGAUUGGCUCGUCGGUUGUUACGAUACUCGAUAUAACUGCUAGCCUCGAUUAGCUUCAUUUCACUUCGUCCAUUUCUUUACACAGUCUAUGGUCAAAAUGAAAUGCUUGGGUUUAAAAAAUGAAUUAAAAACGAUAUGAAAACACGACUAGCCGUUUGUUUGUAGCUCGAGAGCACAGAGGUUUUUUAAAUGCAUGGUUUUAUCGAUGCUCGUUUCUUUCGCAUCUUAGUGUAGAUAUUGCAAGAACCUGUCUCUCCAUCACUGGCUGUUCAGUAGAUUAUGAAAAGUAGUGCGUUUUUUCUUCUUCUAUGUGAAACUGUUGGCUGUUUUCAAACCUUUUUUCACAUCGUGUUUCGGUUAAAGGGUCACAUGACUGUCAAGGUAAACAAAUACAAAAAAAUAUGUAUCUGUGUUUCACUCCAGCACUUUAGACAAACAGAUAAAUGGACCUAAUUAGAAAGUAGAUUUAAGGCAGAGGCUGUAGACGUGUAUUAAAAUAGUAGAAAUAUAUUGUAUAAAUUAAAUAUUCAAAUGUAGCGAGAUAUUAUUAUAAUUAUAAGAAAUAGACAGAAUUAUAAAAAUGAGUCAAUAUUUAUCUGUGUUUUCAGGAAGGUUCAACGGCACAGU